GACAGCUUCUCUUGGGAAUCUAUUAAUCAUUCAGACAACUCCCAGCUUGCCUGAGUUGCUCAAUUCCUCAGUUUUAUUCUGGCCGAAGUUGGGGUUGUCGCGAGGGAAUUCUGCUUAACCACUUCCACUCACGCACGACCGCCCUGAUACUUCGCGCACAUACGCGUUACUAGAAUCAGUACUUCACAAUCAACAUGGCGUCUACCGGUCAGGGAACCGGUGAGCCCGACCGCCAUCGUGUUGGCGAACAUUGGAGCGGUGCCAAUCCCGUUCCUACCGUCCAGAAAUUCAUCGAGCGCCUGGACGUGGAGAAGAAGCAGCGAGAUAAGCAAAUCGAUGAGGAGGAGAAGGCCAGGAAGCAACGGGCAGCAGCCUUGAAACAGAAAGAACAAUCUAAAUCUGGAAGCACAGAUGAUGCUACACAGGCAGAGGUUAAGGCCCAUGAGGCCCGCGAGGUUGCUCAAGCUAAUGUUCGCAUGGUGACCGAUCCGACAACUGGGAAAGAGAUCGGGGUGGAGGAUCAAGGUCCUUCUUCAAUGGAAACUGUCAAGAACCCAAAGUUAACUGUACCUAACGCCAACCUUGGCCGACCGACUGAGCAUAAAACCAGUCAUGACCAAGAGCUCUCCGAGUACAAGGAGAAGCAAGACAUCACCGCUCCUCCUGAUCCCAUUGCCGAAGGCACGACCUCCGACGUUCCUAUCCGCGGCGAGAAGACCAACGUUCUCUUCCACCCUACUCCUACGGUCUCAUACAAGCCUAUGUUUGAUCAACUGGAGAAGCGCGGUACAGCACUAUGUAUUGCAAUUCCCUUUGCGAUCAUUGUUCUCGGGCGGACCUUUGGAGGCUCCCUCCUCGGACUCAUCCCGCUAGCUUUUUGUGUCACGAGUGGUGUCUGGCUAUGGGUGCAAGAGGUCAUCAAGAGUGGCAAAGAGAUGGAGUGGAGUAGCGAGCAGAUGCGCGGUCAAAUGGCCACUGCCAAUCUACUUCCAGAAUCUGUCGAAUGGAUGAAUUCCUUCCUAGGCGUGGUCUGGGGCCUCAUGAAUCCUGAAAUGUUGACUCCCAUGGCCGACACAAUCGAAGAUAUUAUGCAAGCAUCCGCUCCCAAAGUCGUCGAGAACGUCCGAAUCGCCGAGAUCGAUCAAGGAAACAACCCCCUCCGAAUUCUCAGCAUGCGUGCUCUGCCUGAUGAUCACGUCCAGAACCUCAAAGAUAAUAUCCAUGAAGACAAUAUCAAGAACAAGGAUCCACAAGAGGCUGCGGCCGCCGAAGAAGGUGGGAGCUACUACAACAUGGAGGCCUCUUUUGCAUACCACGCAAAGCCCAGUGAUGGAUCUGCUUCAUCCAAGGCUCGCAACAUGCACAUGCACUUGGUGUUCUACUUGGGCAUUCGUGGUCUAUUUGGAGUUCCGUUCCCGGUCUUUGUCGAGUUGACCGAGUUGGUCGGUACAGUCCGACUACGCUUCCAGUUGAUGCCUGAGCCGCCAUUCAUGAAGGAGGUGACUUUCAGUUUAGUGGGUAUUCCACACGUACGCGCGGGCUGCGUGCCCAUGAUCCGUCGUGGUGUGAACAUUCUCAAUCUACCCUUGAUCUCGAACUUUGUCAACUACGCUAUCGGUGCCGCCUGCGCCAUGUUCGCGGCUCCCAAAUCGAUGACUAUGGAUCUUAGCAUGCUGCUGAAGGGCGACGAUAUCCACAAGGAUACUCUAGCACUUGGUGUUAUGUGGAUUCGUAUUCACCGUGCAGUCGGUCUGAGCAAGCAAGAUCGACGUGGUAGUGAAGGUGGUGGGAGUGAUCCGUACAUUAACCUCUCGUUCUCAAAGUAUGGCAAACCCAUGUACUGCACUCGUGUUAUUACGGAUGAUCUCAACCCGAUUUGGGAAGAGACUGCUGCGCUCCUUGUCACGCCCGAGCUGAUCAAGGCGGAUGAAAACCUGAGCGUUGAGCUCUGGGACUCGGACCGAAACACCGCGGACGAUAUCUGCGGUAAAGUUGAGCUACCCAUCCGGGAAAUGCUCCAGCAUCCAGGUCGCAUGUAUCCUCAGGUCUCUAAACUGCAAGGACUUGAUGAUGGUAGCGAGAUGCCGGGUCAGCUGCACUGGGAGGUUGGCUACUUUGGCAAGCCCAAGUUGCGCCCCGAGCUGCGCUCAGAUGGCAAGAAGAAGGAUCUUCCUGACAACCUCAAGGGAGAUCCGACCUUUGAAGAUGAGAAGGGAACCAUCACUAAUGAGGAAGAGGAUGCUGUUGUGCACACUCCACCGGAUCCUAUUUGGCCCAGUGGUAUUGUGCAUAUCGUGGUGCAUCAGAUCGUCAAUCUCCAACUAAACAACAUCAAGGGCAGUGAAGGGAACCGCAAGGGUAGAGAGUAUGAACCUGCGAAGCCAUUCGGUGAGAACACCGAGGAAGAGGGCGAACAUCUGCCUACCAGCUAUUGCAAGAUCAUGCUUAAUGAUCAAUUGGUUUACCGCACUCGAGCGAAGGCUGUCAGCUCAAAGCCAAUCUUCAAUGCUGGCACAGAGCGCUUUGUGCGUGACUGGCGAUCUGCCGUGGUCACCGUCACCGUACGCGACCAGCGUUAUCGCGAACACGACCCAAUUCUAGGCGUCGUUCCCAUUAAGCUUUCCGAUCUUCUGCAAACCAGCUCACAGGUCACCCGCUGGUACCCCCUCGACGGCGGCGUCGGAUUUGGACGCAUUCGUAUCUCCAUCCUCCUGCGCCACGUUGAGACCAAGCUCCCCCCUAACAUGUUGGGCUGGGAUGUUGGCACUUUUGAGUUCGUUAGUAACAAGAUCCUCGCCAAGGAAUAUGGACGGCAGUCCAAGAUCAGGCUACGCACUGGCGGCAGCACGGGAAAGAUUACUCGCAAGGCAGGAAGCCUGGAUGGCAAAGAUCUGAGCUACGACAUCUCGGACCAGAGUUUCCGAGACAGCCUCCGCAUGCCAGUCAAGCACAGAUACCGUUCCCCAGUCGUCUUUGAGUUCCACACCAAAGGCAAGCGACACGCAGCCGCAUACGCAGUCCUCUGGCUCCAGCACCUUGUCGACAACGAAGAAACCGACAUCGACAUUCCCAUCUGGACGACAAAGAACGGCGCCCGCCUCACACAGAAUUACAUCACUGAACAGAACUGGAAAGCUAAGGAGGUUCCCGGGCUGGAAGACCUGACCGAAGUUGGCCGUCUGCAGUUCAAGUGCAAGUUCUCGCCCGGCAUCGACGAGUCGCACGAGCAGUUCGUCACUGAUAACGACUCGCGCGAGACUUUUGAGACUUGGGAAGCUUGCAUGUCGCAGGGCGUUCGCUCGCGCAGCGUCUCCGUUGAGGUUCCCGCUGAAACCCAACAGAAACAUGAACAGUCGCUUAUUGAUGGUCGCGAUGUCCUCAAGCAAGCUGAUCCCAGCGAGCGACGUCGGUGGAUUGACCGUGACGGUCAUGACUGGAGUGGCGCAUUCGGUCACGACCCUCGCGCAUACACAGAUGCGGAUGGUCGUAAGAUAGCCGAGCCAGGACAAGACGAGCCACGACAUGACCCCGUCACGCCGCCUCCGUUGAGAGGCCAUCCAUCGCCUCAUUCUGGUGCACAAAACGGGGCCCACGUGACGAAUGCCGAUGAUAAUGAUGAAGAAGGCUCCGAUUCGGACGACUCCGAGACGGAAUCGUCUUCCUCUUGGACCCCGUCGACGGUUAGUCCCACUGCGGAGGCGGGAUCAUCGCAGGCUAGCACUAGCCACUUAAGCCAGAGCCAGAUCAACAAGGUGAAUAAGCGAAGUGAGCAGCGUCAGCAACGUGGAAUGAUGCAGUGGAAACCUGCGCGCAACGCCGUCUUUGCAAAGGACGAGGCCAAGUUUGCGCUGAGGAAGAUGAAAAAGAAGAUUGGAAUGGGUGAUUUGACUGGUCGCGAACCGGACGUUGAGACCGAGACUUGAGGAAUAUGAGUAGAUCAUGAGAUGUCACAAGUUGACAGGACCCGCAUAAUCGGGAUCGAGUGUAUAGUCAGUUUUCAGAAUUUUUGUAAAAGGCGUCGGUGGACGGUUGUGUGACAUAUUACGAUGCUUAUGCCUCUAUGAAUACGAAUAUCUCGCAUCUGGCGCUUGCAUUGAUGUCACGCUUCCUGCUAAGUUCCUUCAAAUCGCCAUCCGAGAGAGGACCUUUUAGUGGGGCGAUAAAGAAGAUGAUGCGCGUCAAGAGCUCCAGCGGAAGAUCCUGGAGGUUAACCAUGAUUAAAAUGGUUGAAUGAUGGUGUAUGACUCGACGCGGGCGACAGAGAAUUGAUGCCAAAGAGUAGGUUAUUCAGGGGAUCAACAAUCAAUCAUUCGCAGCCUGCGUUGGCGCGUCCCAAUCGC